GCGCGUCUCCAUUCCCCGCCGAGCCGCGGGCUGGUGGGCUCCGCUGCGGCAUUUGUGUCGGGAAAUGACCCUGCCCGGGGGCCCGACGGGCAUGGCGCGGCCAGGAGGCGCGGGGCCCUGCAGCCCGGGGCUGGAGCGGGCCCCGCGCCGGAGUGUCGGGGAGCUGCGCCUGCUCUUCGAGGCUCGCUGCGCUGCGGUCGCUGCAGCCGCCGCUGCAGGGGAGCCCCGAGCCCGCGGGGCCAAGCGGCGCGGGGGGCAGGUGCCCAACGGGCUUCCUCGGGCUCCUCCAGCCCCGGUGAUCCCGCAACUGACUGUGACAGCCGAGGAGCCGGAUGUCCCCCCGGCCAGCCCCGGGCCGCCCGAGCCAGAGAGCGGCUGGCUGCCGGCCGCGGGCUCCUCGCACCUGCAGCAGCCUCGCCGCCUCUCCACCUCGUCGCUCUCCUCCACGGGCUCCUCGUCGCUGCCCGAGGACUCGGAGGACGAUCUGUUGAGCGACAGCGAGAGCCGGAGCCGCGGCAACGUGCAGCUAGAAGCCAGCGAGGACGUGGUUCAGAAAAGCCACUGGCAGAAGAUCCGGACCAUGGUGAAUCUGCCGGUGAUGAGCCCUUUCAAGAAGCGUUACUCCUGGGUGCAGCUGGCGGGGCACACGGGGAGUUUCAAGGCUGCGGGCACCAGCGGCCUGAUCCUGAAACGAAGCUCAGAGCCUGAGCGCUAUUGCCUAGCGCGGCUCAUGGCAGACGCCCUGCGCGGCUGCGUGCCCGCCUUCCACGGCGUGGUGGAGCGCGAUGGGGAGAGCUACCUGCAGCUGCAGGACCUGCUGCACGGCUUCGAUGGGCCCUGCGUCCUGGACUGCAAGAUGGGCGUCAGGACUUACCUGGAAGAGGAGCUCACCAAAGCCCGAGAGCGACCCAAACUGCGGAAGGACAUGUACAAGAAAAUGCUGGCGGUGGACCCUGAGGCGCCCACUGAGGAGGAGCACGCGCAGCGCGCCGUCACCAAGCCGCGCUACAUGCAGUGGCGCGAAGGCAUCAGUUCCAGCACCACCCUUGGUUUCCGCAUCGAGGGCAUCAAGAAAGCCGAUGGCUCCUGCAGCACCGACUUUAAGACCACGCGAAGCAGGGAGCAGGUGAUUCACGUCUUCCAGGAGUUUGUGGAAGGGGACGCGGAAGUGUUGAGGAGGUAUCUGAACCGCCUGCAGCAGAUCCGCGACACCCUGGAGGUCUCUGAGUUCUUUAGGAAGCAUGAGGUGAUCGGCAGCUCGCUCCUCUUCGUGCACGAUCACUGUCAUCGCGCUGGAGUGUGGCUCAUCGACUUUGGCAAGACUACACCCCUCCCGGACGGCCAGACCCUGGACCACCGGAGGCCCUGGGAGGAGGGCAAUCGCGAGGACGGCUAUUUGCUGGGGCUGGACAAUCUCAUUGGCAUCCUGGCCAGUCUGGCUCAGAGAUGAGGCUGGGCUCCUGUCCCCGCAGACGGGAGGGUGUGACAGAUGGACUGCGACUGCGUCCCUGUCGUGCAUGUGGGCGAAGAACUGAAACCCCGCGGUGCGGGGCGGCUCACACGGUCCAGCAGGACUAGGUGCCAAGCACUAGGGGGCGCGCUGCUGCAUGUGCAGCGGAGCGGGCGCCCAUACAAGCCCCAGCGUAUCCAGAGCCUAUGACACUAAUAUACAGGGGUAGGGUGGGACAAUAGGCUUCGUCUCAGCUCGGCUCUCCUGAGGGGGCUGCUUACCUCUCCAGAGAGGAUGGAUAAUGAAUUUUAUUUCGCAAGCACUAGAUCUAUUGGUCUAAACUUACACUACAAUGGACUCCCCUUCCUAAUAAAAGGCAAAGACACCAGCUU